GCGAUUCGCCGAAACCCCAUCAUUUUCCCCUCCAUCAAAGACGGCUUUGCUUGUAUGCAGCGCACUCGCCGUAACCGGGCAGGGGCGAAUGGAGAGAAUGGAGGCGCCCACCGAUGCUGCACGCGCGCAAGUGUAUGUGACAGAGGCAUCAUUGUAAACUUCACACACCGAGAGCCGAUGCGCGUAUUCGCCAGCAUAAGUUUCGGCUGCAUGUGUGUGCACGGUUGGGCUCUUGGUUAGUUUUUCCCUUGUACUAGCUGCUUUCCCGACAGAGACACCAUUGUGAAUCCACAUCCCUCAGACAGUGCUGGUUUUUUUUUCUGUUGUGUGCCGAUGGAAAUCCGUAUUCCAGUUGUUUUGUUCUUUAUUACCAGCAGUAGUCUGGCGCCAUGAAAUCGGAACACAAGUCUUCAAACUAAUCGGUAACUGAGACACCCCAAAACGGAAACCACCCCAGAUUGACCAGUGACGCAAAAUUGUGCGCGUGUGGCGGCCAUUAGAAAAGGCACGGUGUAUAUGGCCCCCAAAAAAAAAACGGCACCAGCUAAGUACCGCCGUUAGUUUUUCUGUGUAAAAUUGUCUCAUUACGCUACAGCCCCGUCUAGUGCGUGAGCGUGUGUGCGUAUGUGUGUACGUGCGGUUUAUUUUGGAUGUGCGUAUCGCGUCACAAUCGCAGUGGUUGCUGCUCUUUUGGUUGCCAUUGGUUUUCCCAAACGAAAAAAACGCAUUCGCAAUACGCGCAGCCGGUGGCAUCGGGUGUGAGUAUUUCCGUGCUGCAAUACGCUAGUGGCAUCAAAUUACCGUAGAACUUCAAGCUGGAUAAAGAAGGAAGGGCGUUGUAAAAUCAUUCCUACGGGAAAAUCGUCGAGUGGUGCUGCUACUACUACUGGACACCCACCCCCUCCAUCCCCUAUCUUUAUGGACGCCAUUACGGAGUGGUCGCUGCUGCUGCUGCUGCUGUUGUGUGUGUGUUUGUAGUUGUGUGCGCUAUUGUUAAAGAGCAGCAGAUAUUGUACGGGCCACAACGCCACGAUCGCCCGGUGGUCAGUAAGAAAAGUGCAUUUCCUCUAAGUGAUGAAUUUCUCGGCCUUCGGUGGACCGUUUUCGGGUAUCCAUCAGUUUGCGGCCAAAUUUGGCAGCAAUGAUGGUGCGUUUACCAGCACCAACAGUGCACCGGGAAAUGGUGCGGCCGGCGCUAACGGGGUCGGACUCGGGGCAGCCGCCGGCAAUAAUGGGGUGGGUGGAGUGGCCGGCGCUAAUCUUGGCCAGCAGCAGCAGGACCUGAACAACCGGUACCACGGUGCUACGAACGGAAACCAUUUCAAUCAGAACACUACCUCAAUGGUUAAUACACCGAUGUCCUACGGGCAAAACAUGGCACAUCCUUACGGUGGUGCGAAUCAGCAAACCGCCAACGAUCACACCACCUUCGGCAAUGGUAACGCCGCGAUGGGCAACGAUCACCAGUCAAAAGUCACCAAAGGAGGAGGAGGAGCAGGAGGAGGAGGAAAUGUGCUGAAGGUGGAUCGGGACGACAUGAUCAACCAGCAAAUCCUGCAAAACGUUAACCAAUCCUGGCAAACGCUAACCAAUCCCUCCAACACGGUCGACUACUCGUCCCAUCUGCUGUCGGCCACGCUACCCAUCUCUAUCCAACAUCUGCUAAAGUAUUCCGAAACGAUCAAGAAGGAACCGAACAGUGGCUCGAUCGCCGGCUCCGGCCUUAACUCACCCGGUCCGCUCAGCGGUCUGAUCGGGGUGGAAACGAACGCGUUCAAUGUGCAGAAAGAUUUGCUAAGUCUCAAGAAUGGUUCGAAUUUAAAUCUGGCGCUGGGCAAUGUGGCGGUCAGUGCGGCUGCUGCAAGCCUUGGCCUAAACCAUCAACACUUGAUGCAGCAACACCAUCAGCAGCAGCAGCAACAUUCGGCAAACCAUCACACCGACAACGGGUUCGUUAAUCAGCAAAUGGCCGCAAAUGGACAAAGUUCCGAUGCGCACAAUUCUAGCAGCAGCACCGUCAAUGGUGGUGGGACGGCAGCGAAUGGAGAUGAGGCGAACGUGGGCUCUACCCCAGCCAACGGUAAAACUAAAACGAAAAAGCAAAAGAAACGUAAACCGCCGAAGGAAAAGAAACCGCGCCCAAAGCCGGGCCAGAUACGGGAGACGAAGGCGCUCGAUGGGUCGCCACUGUUCUGCUGUCCCGAGUGUCAGAUGGCUUACCCGGAGCGAGGUUUGAUCGAGCAGCACGUCAUCUCGCACGCGGUCGAGCGUCGCUUCGUGUGCGACAUCUGUAAUGCUGCGCUCAAGCGGAAGGACCAUCUGACCCGCCAUAAAUUGUCGCACAUUCCCGAUCGUCCACACAUUUGCAGUAUUUGUCUCAAGUCCUUCAAGCGCAAGGAACAGUUAACACUUCACAUCGUAAUACACACCGGCGAGAAGAAGCACAUCUGUGGCGAGUGUGGUAAAGGAUUCUAUCGUAAGGAUCAUCUGCGCAAGCACACCCGUUCCCACAUAGCACGACGCGUAAAAUCGGAAAUGUCCGCUUCGAAUGGGACUGGCGGUGGUAGCGCUAGUGGCACGGCGAAUGGUAAUGCCAACCAAGCCAACAGCACACUGGCGGGUUCGCUGAUGGCCAGCAAUAUGCAAGGUGCCCCGGUGACUGCCUCCUGAGGGUCGUACAAAGACUUUUGGUAAGGUGUGUCAGUUCCGCAAAUCGAUCGACUGGUGGGUGGCGCACGGAACCGUUACUGCACUGAUAGUCAUUUUGUUUUUGUCGAGACGGUGUACGAUUUCCGGUUGGAUAAUAAGACCGGUGAAAACUACCAAACAAGGAUUUCAAGAUUCCUUUCACAUUUCCCCAAUCGACGACAUCAGUGCUUAACUAUCUGUCGUACACACACACACACAAUCGAGGAGCUAUCACUCUAACCUUAUCACUAGUCACGACGAAUCCUUUACCAUGGGCGGCGAACUACUAUUUCAAAAUGCAAUCUUCUCCAAUGUGGUCCGUCCAGCACGAAGCUGGUGGGGUAAAUUUUAGGAGAUUAUAUUUUGAAAUAUCCUCACUCCUGGGUAGGGGAACGGAUGGCAUCAUCUAACACGAUUACGCUACGUUGCUUUAGCGUGCAAACUACCCUAUCUGUAUGUUACUAGUCACGAGAGCCGUGUUUAAAGUGCCGGCAGAUCUAAAAAAAACCUUCCCGAAAACCGAUGUGUAUGUUUCCAACCGAAGGGGAUUAAGAAAUAAUUUAACAUAUUUUAUACGCAUUCCAUAUGUGACGAAUGUAUACUACUGUUUGCAGCAGGAACUAAGUACAUUGCUUUCGCGAAUUCUAUAUGCAAUCCUAAAAUGAACAAAAAACAAAAUACUGAACCUGGAGGCUAGAGAGGCCUAGUCUAGCCUAGACUCGCCUAAAAGAAGCAGCAAUAAUUUUGAAAAUCAUUGUGUGACAUUUUUUAAAGGUCAAGCAGCGUUAUUGGGUGUUUGUGUAUAUAAGGCGUACGUUAAUAAGCGAGGUAAAGCAAAUGAAUUACUUUGAUUUUUUAAACCAUUAAAACAGAGAUGCAGGGGUUUUUCAGUUGAUAAGGCAAUAGCAUAGCAUUUUUAUGACAGACUUCUUAGAUGGAAUGGCAACCAAAGCUAGUUGAUAUGGAAACGG